CUGCAAGAGCCCGGUGUAAUCCCUGGGAGCUGGGAAGGAUUGCCUGGAUCUGCAGGGAUCCUGCACUUCAUUUCUGUCUCUGUGAGGGCUGAUACCGUCUCUGCACUACCAGAAAGCAUUCUGAGUGUGGGGAAAGACCUCAGAUGUCAUGCAGAGGCACUUGAGUCCCUCUGGGUGGACAGACACAGGAGGUCAGAGGUGUGUGAGCUCUGUUUACGCUCUAAACCAAAUUUAGACUUCAUUAAAUCUGACCACAUUGUUAUUUCUAGGCAUAUUCUGGUGCAGGAAGGAGGCCCAAAUGAGUCACCCAAGCUCUCGUCUGGCUCUGACGAUGAAGCGCAGCCCCGAUAUCCUUUGGAUCUGGAUACAGAUGCCCCUCCCAGGCCCACAUGUGACGCUGGAGUUAAGUGUCUGCUUGGGCAGCACACACUGCAUGUCGUGACAGCCCCCCAACCGCCUCAUCCUUCAUGGGAUCAGCCUGGUGCUUCCGUGAGUUAAGGACCAGCAGAAGGAAAUGCGUAAGCAGGGUCACUAAUCCUGCCUUUCCCACACGGCUCUGAGCACAGCAGGGCACUACUGGCUCCUGCACCAGCAUGGAGACCCUUGGGAAUGGAUGGCUGCCCCACAGGCUGCUGCUGGGCUGUGCCCUCUGGGGACUCUGCCUGGCCUCUUCAGACUACGAUGAUUACUCUCAGAACAGUACCAGUGAGCAGGUAACGACACCAGAGAUCACACCGUGUCCCCGAGCCAUCCCCGGGGAAAAGGCAACCAUCAACAACGUCACCUACCUGCUGGUACACGAGGCCACACGCUCUCAGCUGGGCAGCGUGGUCACUGUGCGGCUCAUCCCCUGCCUCUACACCCUCAUCUUCCUCGUGGGGCUGCCUUCAAACGGGCUGGCCCUGUGGGUGCUGGCCACCAGGGCUGAGAAGUUGACCUCCACUGUCUUUCUGAUGAACUUGGCUGCAGCAGACCUGCUGCUCGUGUUGGUGCUGCCCUUCAAGAUUUUCUACUAUUUCCUGGGGAACAACUGGCUCUUUGGGGAAGGCCUGUGCCGGCUCACCACUGCGUUCUUCUAUGGCAACAUGUACUGCUCAGUGCUGCUGCUCACGUGCAUCAGCGUCGACCGCUACCUGGCUGUGGUGCAUCCUUUCUUCUCACGCUCUUUCCGCACCCCUGCCUUUGCUGUCUGCACCUGCACUGCCAUCUGGCUCUGUGCUGCUGUUCUCACCCUGCCCCUGACACUGCAGCAGCAGUCAUAUCCCCUGUAUGGAGCAGAUGUCACUCUCUGCCACGAUGUUCUCCCCAGGCACGAGGAUGAUGGGUAUUACUUCUACUACUUCAUCUGCCUGAUUGCCUGUGCAUUCCUUGCCCCGUUGGUGGUGAUGCUGUUCAGCUACUGCUCGGUGCUUCGAGCCCUCCUGCACAGUGGCAAGCGCUAUUCCUACUCGAUGAAGCUCACAGCUCUUGUGCUGUUCACACUUGUGGCCUUCUACACACCCAGCAAUGUUCUCCUCCUUGUUCAUUACUCCAGCUAUGACUCCAAGCUCUAUGGCAACCUGUAUAUCAGCUACAUGAUAAGCCUGGCCAUCAGUACCUUUAACAGCUGCGCUGAUCCCUUUGUCUACUACUAUGUUUCCGAAGAGUUCCGGGAUAAAGUGAGGAGAAGGUUCUUCAGUCACAGGAAACAAAACACCACAUCCCUAAAAACCUCCAAGGAAACACUCCCUCCAAAAAGUUCCAAAGAUUCACUGGUGUAAGCCUCCAACCCAGCUCCUCGCUCCCAAGGCACUCACAACGUACAGUGGGGAUGAGAUGAAGACAAAGCUGGGAUUCCACAAGUUUCAUCCAGAGCAGUGAGCAGUAUUUCCCAGGAAACAAGUCCUUUCCCCUGUCUGGAUAGCUAAGGCUGCAUAAACCUGGGCCUCAGGAUUCCUUGAGAGAUGUGGAGUCCAGGCAAGAUGUGGACUGCUGAACAUGUAUAGAUCUGUUACUGUGAACAGUGCAUGCACCAUUUCUGGUCACAUAUAGCCAGGGAUGCUCUUACCACUACACUUAGGUGUGGGUUUCUUAAUGCAUCUUGCAUGCUGAUUGCUAUCUAUGUUGGAUCUCUUUUUCUGCUGCUGACUUGCUUGCUGUCCUUAAAUGCAUAUUCCCUUCACCUAGAACUGAAAGAGAACAGGUACUUGCAAAACCAGAUUUCUGAACAUAUCAAUAAUAUUAGGAGGUACCUGUGGGAAAGGUGCUCUCCUGAACGAAAAUACUCUGUCAAGAGAAUACAGAACACUGGCUUUUCUAUCAGGUACAUUCGUGGCUCCAUUAGUAAGCAACACCAUUGUAAUGGCAGCCCACUGCUGGUGACAAGUGUAAAAUCCCAUUCACCCAUCCCUGUUUUGUGGAUGAGCCUUGGCAUCUAUCAUUUCCUUGGGACAAAAGUAUUACUAGUGAGCAUUUAAAAAUCAUCAUGUCUCUUAUAGGGAAAUAGUAAAGUAGGAACCCUUGCUCAUUACACUUCUCAUGUAAUUUUUGUGACCUUACCCUUCUCUUGUGUAAUACCACACACAAUCAAGAGCUGUCUCUUAUGAAACAGGGGACCAAGCUUGUUGCUUACCGGACCCUGUUACAAAGUUGACAGGACGCAGGCAGCUCACCUCUCAGACAUAAAUAAAGCACAUCCCAGUAACCAGCAAGGUAGAAAAUGAGCAAUAAACAUCCUUAGAGUUCCUGAAUGAUUUAGUUUUACUGGUAGAGGCACGACUUCUGUCCUCAUCCCAACCUAUGAGAGAACAAACUUACAGCCUACAAUGUAAGAAGAGACAGACAAGAUUGUCUUAAAAUCAGUUUUUAAUAAAAUAUUUAUCAGAAUCUACACCAAA